AUGGUUGGAUGUUGCUCAAGCCCCGAGGCAAUCUCUGAAAAAGAAGGGGCCGCAGGCCCGAGGUCUGGUCUAGCUCCACAAAGCGCUCGAAGAUGUCGCGAUACGUUCUGUUGCCUCUUGUUUGUAGUCUACUGGAUUGGCAUGAUCGUGGUUGCUAUCGUUGCCUUGCAAACCGGGCAACCGCUCAGCUUGAUCUACGGCAAAGACUACAACGGAAACGUUUGUGGUGAAGGGGAUUAUGGCAACGCGCGGUUCACGACAUACCCUCGACUGAACGAAGAUCUUUUAGUUGCAGCAGCAAACGGGGUGUCACCAGCAAAUGCAAAGUUCUUCGGCGUCUGCGUGGAAAGCUGCCCAAUGGCUGGCUCGAAAACUUGUACCUAUGGCAAUGAAACGUGCUGGACUGUUGCUCAAGACACUGAAGCUGCCUUCUUCCGCUGCUUACCUGUAGCAUCGACCAACGAAACGAUACUGGAAGAGGUUUGUAUUGACCCCGAAGGUGCCGACCCAGCUUGCACCGUGGACUUGUUUGAGGCUGGCAAAUGCGCUACAGUCUGCAAUACCAAACGAGCUCACAAGGAAGUGUGGGAAGUCGAGGCUACGGGUGGAACAAGCCCCUUAUUGAGUCAACUGCAAGGCAACUUGCAGGUGCUGGGGCGAUUCUUGAACGACAUGUACGCUGCACGUUCGGUAGUUCUACUGGUCGGUGGGCUUGGGGCCUUGAUCCUAGGAAUCCUCUGGUUGAUCGUGCUUCAAUUCUUCGCCGGCUGUGUGGUAUGGCUGACCUGCUCGUUGGUACUUAUUGGUUUGGUGCUAUUGAGCCUCUUUUGCUCCGUGCGCUCGGAUCUGAUCUCUUCUGAACAACUUGGUGGCUUAUCUUUCAUGAAUGCAACCACAAUCGACACAACAGCAUUGGCGGUGACCAGCGACGAAAACACCAAGCUGCAGUUUAAGGCGGCUGCGUACGUGUCUUGGGUGGUCACUGGAGUUGUCUUCCUACUGCUCGUUGCGAUGCGUAAACGCUUGAAAAUCGCCAUCGCGAUCAUUCGGGAGAGCUCCAAAGCAAUUCAGAAGCUGCCGAUGCUUUUGAUCUGGCCAAUCGUUCCCACGGCGUUUUUCGUGGGGCUCGUGAUCUACUGCGUGGCGGUGGCUGCUUAUCUCUUAAGCUCGGACGAUCUGACUUCGGCAGUGAAGGAAUCCGCUGCAACGUUCAAUGUCACGACGGAACUGAGCGCUGCGGAAGAGAUUCCUGCCAAGAAGCUGCAGCAGGUGUUGCUAGCGUUCCACGUCUUCGGUUUCCUGUGGACGAACCAGCUUCUGCAAGCAAUCUCAAUCUGCGUCAUCGCUGGCAGUGUCGCGCAGUUCUACUGGACCCCUCCUUCAGACAACGGGAAGCGAACACUCGAGACACGAUUUCCAAUCGCUCGAGCGCUAGGAUACACGCUACGCUUCAGUCUCGGAUCGCUCUGCUUCGGGUCUUUCAUCAUCGCGUUUGUUCAAUUCUUGCGGAUCAUGCUCGAGUAUCUCGAUCGAAACACCAAGCAGAUCCAGCAGACUAAUCGAGUUGUUCGUGUGGCGCUUUUAUCAGUUAAGUGCUGUUUGUGGUGCUUCGAGAAGUGCAUCAAGUUUUUAUCGAAGAACGCCUACAUUCUGAUCGCGAUGAAAGGAAGUUCCUUCUGUGCGGCGUCCGCGCGCUCGUUCAAGCUCAUUUUCAAGAACAUGGCGCGUGUAGCGGUGGUCAACUCCAUCAGCUUCUUCCUGCUGUUCCUCAUCAAACUGACCGUGACACUUGCCGUCGGACUCGCGGUGUUCCCGUUGCUGUCCAAAUCGUCGUCACUGUCACUGUCGGCGGAGCAGCUUUCGCUGUUGAGUGGUGAGACUGUGACGUCGCCACUUGCUCCUGUGGUGGUGGCCUGUGUGCUUGCUUGGCUUGUGGCCUCAGCGUUCGUGAAUGUGUACGACGCCGCUAUCGACACCAUUCUGCUUUGCUUCUGCGAGGACACCGAGCUGCACGGUGACACUGCCAGCGAGUUCAUGAGCAAGGAGUUGCAGCGCAUCAUGGGCGGAGACGCACCACAUCGCGAGGGUAAGGAGGGGAAGCCCCAACUCAUCCACGUUUCGCCUCGGAGCGAAGGGAAGAACGCAAGUCCGCCGAGUAGCCCAGCUCGCCGCGCGCCACAUGAAAAGACCCCAGUCGAGAGACUGGAAGAGACUGACAUUUAG